AUGGCUACACAAACCGUUGAGGGUAGUUCUAGAUCUCGUCCAAAACCUACUACCGUAGGGGCUUUAUUGAAACCGUUGAAUUCGGAAUAUGGUAAAGUAGCUCCUGGGUGGGGAACUACUCCUUUGAUGGGAGUUGCAAUGGCUUUAUUUGCAGUAUUCCUAUCUAUUAUUUUGGAAAUUUAUAAUUCGUCCGUUUUACUGGAUGGAAUUUCAAUGAAUUAAAUGGCUACACAAACCGUUGAGGGUAGUUCUAGAUCUCGUCCAAAACCUACUACCGUAGGGGCUUUAUUGAAACCGUUGAAUUCGGAAUAUGGUAAAGUAGCUCCUGGGUGGGGAACUACUCCUUUGAUGGGAGUUGCAAUGGCUUUAUUUGCAGUAUUCCUAUCUAUUAUUUUGGAAAUUUAUAAUUCGUCCGUUUUACUGGAUGGAAUUUCAAUGAAUUAA